AUGACAGCUGUGCAAGGUCCCGCUCCAGAAUUGGUGAACGCGGACGAAACCGUGACAUACGACGCCCUUGUGGUCGGAUGCGGUGUUAUCGGUCCAUGUGUAGCAACAGGACUGGCCCGUAAGGGCAAGAAAGUACUCAUAGUUGAAAGAGACUGGAGUAUGCCCGACAGAAUCGUUGGAGAAUUGAUGCAACCCGGCGGUGUUAGGGCUCUUAGAACUUUGGGAAUGGUACAAUCCAUCAAUGGGAUCGAAGCCAUGCCUGUGACCGGAUACACUGUGUUCUACAACGGCGAAAAAGUGGUAAUCCCAUAUCCUUACAAGGCUGAUACAGGAGCAGUCGAAAAAAUUAGCGGUUUGGUUCGUGACGGCAACGACAAGAUCGCCAAUGGCGACCAAACCAUCUCCGUCCAAGAUUUCGAGCUCGACGAGCGCGAACGCGGUGUGGGAUUCGUCCAUGGUCGGUUCCUGCAGAACUUGCGGGAAAUCGUGGCUCAGGAACCCAAUAUCACUCGACUCCAGGGCAACGUUACCGAAAUUUUGAAAAACAAGCAAAAUGAAGUUAUCGGCGCCAAAGUAGAUAUUGCAGGCCGCGGAAAAGUGGAUUUCCAUGCCCAUGUCACGUUCGUGUGCGACGGUAUCUUUUCGCGCUUCAGAAGAGAGCUUUCACCAGAACAUGUACCAAAGGUUGGAUCCUCGUUUGUCGGUAUGUCCCUAUACCAUGCCAAGAUGCCAUCUCCAAACCAUGGCCACGUUAUCUUGGGAACCAACCACAUGCCAAUUCUUGUGUACCAGAUUUCACCCGAGGAAACACGUAUUUUAUGUGCCUUCAACUCACCUAAACUACCUUCCAACAUAAAAGAAUGGAUGCGUAAGGAUGUACAACCUUUCAUUCCAGAAUCUCUGCGUCCCUCGUUCGACGAUGCUUUAUCCCAGGGUAAAUUCAAAUCUAUGCCCAACUCUUUCUUGCCAGGUCGCCAAAAUAACGUGCUAGGCUUGUGCGUCAUUGGUGAUGCUCUCAACAUGAGACACCCGUUGACCGGGGGUGGUAUGACGGUGGGCUUGAACGAUGUGGUUUUGCUUAUCAAAAAAAUCGGAAAUUUGGACUUUAGCGAGCGUGAACUAAUAUUGGAUGAGCUACUGGACUACCAUUUCGAAAGGAAAACUUACGACUCCGUCAUCAACGUUCUUUCUAUCGCCCUAUACUCACUUUUUGCUGCCGACAACGAUAAUUUGAGAGCUUUGCAGAAGGGAUGUUUCAAAUACUUCAAAAGAGGCGGCGACUGCGUGCGACUACCUGUGUCUUUCCUCUCAGGUGUUUUGCCAAGACCUUUCCUGCUCACCAAAGUUUUCUUUUCCGUGGCAUUGUAUGCUGUUUACGUUAAUUUCGAGAAAAGAGGCCCUCUGGGGUUCCCCGUAGCGUUGCUUGAGGGUAUUGCUAUUUUAUUCACCGCGGCAAGAGUCUUCACACCAUACUUGUAUGCCGAAAUGAUCGGCUGA